AUGGUAUAUGUUGUGGGAAGAUGGAAUACCAUUGUGUCCUUCAAUCUUUGUUAUUCAGAUGACCCUCGUGGUAUUGAGAAGAUAAUUCCAAAUAUUGUUUUACAAGGAGUAUAUGAUCAAACUUAUUCGGAUAGGGCCUAUCUUGUGAAAUCAUUAGAAGGAGACUUAUUGAUGGUUAGAAGAUUUUUGGGUUAUCACCGCCGUGAAGAUGGGUAUUCAUAUAGCAGUGGUACUGAGAGUUUCGAAGUGUAUAAGUUGCAACUCGAUGUCCAAAGUGGAAAGCUUUUGCAGAUGUCCAAAGUCAACAGUUUGGGAGACAAUGUUCUGUUCCUGGAUGACAGUGAUUCAAUUUCUUUGUCGGCUUCGUAUUUCUCCAAUUGUCUGCAAAAGGAUUCUAUUUACUAUGCAGAUGAUUUUUAUGACGACCACCCAACUCCUUAUCCUUCUAGCCCAUUUGAUAAUGGAAUCUAUAAUGUAAAGGAUCAAAGCUUUGCUAAACAUUACCCUUACGAUUCUUCCUUCGAGCGUAUGCCACCUCCAUUAUGGGUUUUACCACCAUUCAAAUGGGAUUGA